GCUGCUCCCUGGUAGCAUAAACUCUGCAAAUGUGUUUUUGGUUAUCUUGACGUUUGGAGAAAAGGUGUUGUUUUCGUUUAAAGAAAUUUGUUUUGCGGUUAUAUUUUCACAUUAAGAAAGAAAAAAACCUUUGUGUUUCAAACAUGACUAUGGCUAUGCUGCAACGAAGAGCUAACGUGAGGUUACCUCCCGAAGUAAAUAGAGUGUUAUAUAUAAGAAAUUUGCCCUAUAAAAUUACAGCUGAAGAAAUGUAUGAUAUUUUUGGCAAAUACGGAGCCAUUAGACAAAUCAGGGUGGGUAACACUGCUGAAACUAGAGGGACAGCUUUUGUUGUUUACGAAGAUAUAUUCGAUGCAAAGAAUGCAUGCGAUCAUUUAAGCGGUUUCAAUGUUUGCAACCGGUACCUGGUAGUUUUAUACUAUCAAAGCAAUAAGGCAUUCAAACGGGUUGAUGUUGAUAAAAAGAUGGAGGAAAUAGAUAAAUUAAAAACAAAGUAUAAUCUGAACGAGGAUAAGAAAUAGCUACGUAAUGCUUUUAAAUUAAACUAGGGUUAAGUUUAAAUUUAUGUAAUUUCCUAAUUAAUAGUUUAGGAAUUUUUGAGGCUGGAAUAGUUUUCGUAAAAUCCCAUCGUUGUAAUUCUCUUUCCGAAUCGAACAAUUGUUUUACAAUGAUUCUCGCAGGUUCCAGAGCAAUCUAAAUAUGUAUGCAACAUUUUAUGUAUAUGUAAAUAAGGUGCAGCCAGUUUGUGUAUAUAAUUUUUAAUAAAGUGGAUUUUUAUAGGUUCCUAGACGGAUGCACUUUUUUUUGCUCAGGAUGAAUGAUAAAAUAUAAAAAU